GACGCCUGGUAACUAGACUGGCAUGCGGCGCAUAGCAGUGCCUCUGAGGAAGGGGCGCCGUGUCUCAGUCAGCGUCGAAAGAAGGUUGUCGCAAAUAGGGACGAGUCGUGGAAGCAAAGGUAGGCAAAACGGUUCAGGUGUUGUCGAGAGCAAAGGCCGUGGCGCAGUCGCGGGGUGUAGCUGUAAUAUGUGGUAGCUUCAAUUACGUAGCGGUGCCAAGGAGGAAUGGGUGAAGGCGAAGACGUGCUGCACGUAUUACUUAUGUGGCUGGAGACUGUGGCUGAGGCAAUCCCUGUCCGAUCGGGAUUCGAUGCAUCGAUGCAUAAUUCAGCAUUAAUUAUUGGUGCAUGUCUGAUUGACCUCAUCAUCGCGAAAGGUGCGCCAGCGCCAGUCUUCACCACACACAACACACACAGCCAUGCCGCCCUCGAGACGAAUCGGUGUCCUGGCGCAGUCCUGGUACAGAUGGAAGGCCCUCCGUCUGCCCUGGCGGCGGAAGUUCCUCGUCGGCUUUGACCUCAACGGCUUCACAUACUGGGAGUUCCGCCUCGCCGGCGUCGACAAGGCGACCCGCUGGCGCCGCAUCGUCAAAUACCCGCGCUCGACACACCUCUCGGACGUGCACAUCUCGCCGCAGUGGCAUCAGUGGCUGCGCUACACGCGCAACGACCCGCCCAGCGUGGGCGAGCAAAAGGACGACGUGGCGCGCCAGGCGAGGAUGCGCGUGCUCGCGGCCGAGGCGGACGCCCGGUGGGCGGCCAAGCCGCGGGUGAUGGAUGCGCCCGGCCAGCAGUCGGGGCAGCCGUCGCCAGCGCUGCAGAGUCCCGGGGCCAAGGGUCCGUUGAAGCAGGACGAGCGGCAGGAGGAGAAGACGACACAGCAGCAGCAGAACACAAAGGCGAAAGAGAAGGAGGACCCGUGGGCAGCGCACAGGUCUAGUGGACCGAGUGAGAAUUGGCAGCCAGAGGCUUGGACGCCCGGUAGCGGCAAGCAACGAUGAAGAAAGGAAGAACGAAAGAAUGCUGGGUAUCCUCAUGUAAUUACUAUCUGUAUCAUUGUGUGCAUAAAAGAAGGAAUCCAAGCCCAAACGCCAGGCCAUGUCCGAGCAAUGUGGUAUCCUUGUAAACAU